AUGCAGGCAUGCUGCAUACACGCUCACAGCAAGACCUUCGUUCACCAGGUGGCCACGAAGGUUUACCUAGCUCCUGACACGCCGAUCUCACAGUGCUUGCCUUACAGCAUCAAGCAUCAGCACCUCUUCUCCCGCAACGUUCCUCAGCCGGCAGAUUGGCUGCGAGCGUGGCGGGCGUGCCGGACAGCAUCUUCUUUCAAAGGUGCCGUGAAAUUAUAUUCCACGGAAGACUUCGCUGCUGGCAGGAACACGAAGCUUGACAGUGUGAGUCUCAAGAACAUGAUUCUUGUUAUGCACUGGGCUGUCAAGAGUGUUCGCAAGCAGCGUCUCGAACAAGCCACCAGCAUCAGCUUGUCCGUGGACGACCGCAAGGAGUAUCGUUUGGUGAGGUACCGUUGCGAUGUUCCACCGCGCACUGCCAAGCAGUCAGCGGCUCCAGUCUCCCAAGGUCCCCAAGGCUCCCAAGGCUCCCAAGGCUCGGAGGAUGGCCCGCUUGUCGCCGAUGGCUUGCUUGGGGUCUACAAGACAGGUGCCAGUGUUCCUGAAAAAACAUUGGAGGAGCACGAUGCGGACAAGAGUCAGGUGAUGGCAGACAGCAUAGGCAUAGUCAUUGACAGGGCCUGUCAGGAUCCGGAAGGCAAAACUGACGAGGAGUCCUGCAGCCGCUUGAAGCUGCACGUGCGGCACUUUGCAGCCGAUCAGUGCACAUCUGCCCGGCAGUGUGGAAGGUUGUUGGUCACUGGCGGCCAGUAUCCUAACCUGGUCUGGGUAAGCCAUGAUCCUGCGCACCAGGUUCGUAUUGCCUACCAGGACCCUCUUCACGCCAUGCCCGAGUUCCAAGCCCAGUGGGAGCGUUUGUUUGCUCCCGGCAAGGGCAAGCAUGCGCUUAUCCCGGACAUCCAGAACUCAGAAGUCUGGAAGGCCAGGCUCAUGGCGGCCCAGCAAGAGGUUCUCAGGCUCCAUGGCUCCCAGGCUGGUGUGGAGAAGGUGAUCUUCUAUGGCAACAGAGUCCACUACCUGUGCACGAAGGCCGGCAUUUCUGAUGUAAGGCAGAUCAUGGGAACUAUGGCGCACGUGGUCGAGGCGAUGCUGGAGCGUUUGCGAGUAGAUCUGACGGAGGAUGAGAUCGCCGUGGCUCUGCAGGUAUUCCACCUUCGGCUGUGGCAGGAGACGAACCGACAACAGGAGCUAGUGGACUCUACACGCAAGCUCUGUGAUAUGCUCAAGCUUUCGCACGGUACAGCCGUGCUGUUUGGACGAUUUGCUCGCAAAUUGCAUCCUCUUCUAGAAGUUCGCUUGUGUUCCAGAGCAGGGGAGAUUGCGAAGAGUCGCAAUCUUGCUUCAGAGAAAGUCAAGGCACUCGGGCACCCUGGCCUGUCCGACACCUUUUGGACAUUUGCAAAGACUGUCCAGCUGCUCAAGGUCGAAAAAGGCCAGGAUGGUGAGGAACAGAACUUGAGGUACAACAACACCUUGUACAACAAGGCCUUACACCAGGCUGCCACAGCAGCUGUUGCAGUGCUGCGGGGUCCAUCCGGUCCCGUGGAGAAGGCUGCCCGGAGAUUGGAGCUGGCAUUUGGGCGGGGCAUCUUGAGCAGUCAGUACUCGAAGUUGAGCAAGCUGUUAUCGCUGACCAACAAGCUCGCAUCUGCUACCAGAAACGCUGUAGACCUGACGGCCUGGAUGAUCGACUCCUUGACGCUGGCCCUGCGCAUGAACAUGGUAACGCCAGCUAAAUGCACCGAGAAGUUUCUGGAUCGAGACCGGAAGACAGGCGAUGCUGGCUUUUGGUUGUCGCGCAUGCUGGUGGUGCAGGUCUUCGAUUAUGCAGCAAAGCUGGCGAACGAGUUGCCUGAGCCGGACAAGGUUAAGCUGACAGGGAUUUUGGCUGAACUCCGUUGCCCUUCCACAUGUUGGGAGAAAUAUCUCUGCCAUGCUGAUGCUGAUCAAGGGGCUGCUGGAGAGGACGACAUGGACGGCGAGGACCCAGAGGACGUGGAGCGCCCUGUUCCGCAGUCCAAGAUUGGAGCUGUUGAAGAGGGUUUCAACAAAGCCAUUGGCAUGCUUUUGGAUUUGCUGCUGGAGCUGAUGUCGGGGAAGUACUACAAGGAUUGCUGCAUGCUGGCUUCUAGUGAAGAUGGCCUUGCAAAGGCAUUGACAGCUGCACAGCUUGGAAGCUCGGAUGACACGGAGCACGAGGAGCCAUGUGCGCUUAUCACUCAGAUGAAGAUCAUUGUCGACAAGUUCGACAACAGCACGAAGUCCGUUGGUGCCACAUCUGCGGCUCCUGCUCCGAGUUUGCUCCAAAGCCUGGCAAAGGCUUCUGAAGCUGACACACCCGAGGAAUGUGUCGAGCGUGAGCGGCAGUGGAAGGCGGUGCAAACGGAACGCCGCAAGUUCGUGUCGUUCUCGGUACCGAACAAGAUCUCGAACGACUGCCUAGUCAAUGCGUUCAGAGGUUGCGGCAAGGUCUUCACGCACAAGGGCACCUUAAACUCUUCGCACCGCCUGAUCGUUGCCAGUGCGGAUCUCUUGUCAGAGGCUGGUACCGACCCGUGGCUCAAGGGCACUCCGCCAAGCGAGGAAUGGAAAGAGAUCUGUGCCUUUGCCAAAGACAUUUCUGGGCCCGAGGAUUUCGUUGUACUCUUCGACGGCAGAAUGCGGGAAAUUCGCCGCGUGUCCGAGUCUUGGCGGGGUGAUGUGACAAGGCUCCCAGGCUCCAAGGCUCAAAGGCUGCACCUGGUUCUUUAA